UCCCUAAGAGGGUGGUUUGGGCUUUAUGGGGGUAGAAGUAGAAAGAUAGGCCCAGUUAGGCCCAGAGAGACACGGGUUAAGAGAAGAGCCAAAGCAAAAGGCGGGGUGGCGUGCGUAUUCGAACUAAACACAAACACACACAUCGCAAUUCACAAACACCACACCGCUUCCUUCUUCUCUCUUUGCAUUCCUCCUUUGCUUUCAUUUGCUGCUGCUGUUACCGCCCUCUCUCUCUCUCUCUCUCUCUCUCUCUCUCUAAGCUUCUGCUGCUGCUACAUUCUCCCUCUCUCUUUCUCUCUCUAUAACUAACAACUGUUACUUCAUCUUCUUCUUCUUCAUGUCGACUUCCGGCGACGAUCACAACCACUUCAGAUUCCCUCACUUUCAUCACAAUCCUCCUCCUCCGUUUUCUAUUCCUCCUCUCACCGUGAGUGAAAGAUUUGAAAUCAAUAAUUUCACGUCCGGCCCAAUUAAGAUUGAACCAGUUCCCAGUCAUAGCAAAACAGUUAGCCUAACUCCUUCACUUCAAGCCGAUCAAAGAGGAAAGCGUCACGGUAAAUCAAAAGUCUCAAGAAAUGCAAAAUCAGGGACUAACGGUUCGAAUGCAGAGUCUCCAAACUUGACUGCUGGUAACAACUGUCGGUAUGACAGUUCCUUAGGAUUGUUAACCAAGAAAUUUGCCAGUUUGAUCCGGGAUGCUGAGGAUGGUACUCUUGAUUUAAACAAAACUACUGAGAUCUUGGAGGUUCAAAAAAGGAGAAUCUAUGACAUCACAAAUGUUCUUGAAGGAAUAGGAUUGAUAGAGAAAACGUCAAAGAACCAUAUACGGUGGAAGGGAUGUGAUGGACUUGGGCCGCGGGAACUGGAUGAUCAAGUUAAUUGUCUAAAGGCUGAAAUUGAAAGUCUAUAUGCAGAAGAAUGCGAACUUGAGGACUGUAUAAGGAAAAAAGAGGAGCUUAUAAGAAACCUAGAGGAGAGAGAAGACUCUCAAAAGUACCUUUUUGUAAACAAGGAAGAUAUUCUAACCCUUCCAUGCUUCCAGAAUCAAGAACUUAUCGCGAUCAAGGCUCCAAAAGCUAGUGUCAUUGAGGUCCCUGAUCCUGACGAGGAAUUAGGUUUCCGGCAAAGGCAGUACAAAAUGACUGUCAGAAGUGCAACUGGACCAAUACAUUUGUACCACCUGAGGAAGCAAGAACGCAAGUUUGAGGAUUGUGGUGCCAAGCAAAUGAAAUCAAUAGAUCCAUCAUUGAAUAACGACCACUGCAGAAUGGAUGAUCAGAAAACUCCUUCUGAGAGAUUGAGUCCGCAGGGUUCAGAGGCAUUUGGAAUUCAAGAAAUCACUCCCAUGGAUUUUGCAGUCGAUGAUGACUAUUGGUUUCAAUCAGAUCCUGGAGUGAGCCUGACAGAAUUAUGGGGUGGCAAAAGUACCUUCUAACUAAUAUUUAUUGUAGGAACUGGGGUUUUGGCUUUCCCUUGAUACAAGUGGACCAGUUUGAAAGGUCCUGGUAUAUGAAAGUUUUUUUCUCUGUUCAACACAUGCAGUUGGAACAGACAGACGGACUUCAACAUGAAUAAUCUAAUAGGAGCAUUGCAUUCACUAAAAAACAAGCAUUGCUGACAGAUAUGGUCAAUAUGUAAAUAUUAGGCUGCUAACCAUUGUAGAUGACACUCAAAGGGUAGGAGAGUGCCUUUGGUGUUCUCUUUAUGAGCGAUUGCCUGAAGUAUAAGUAUCUAAUUUACAUUAUUGUUGUUUAUUACAUAGUUGUAAGUGCACAAUACAAAUAAUUUUAAGGAGAGAAUAAAAGAGAGGAUGAAAAAUAAGUGUUGAUGGAGAAAAUAGAACUUGGGGCACAAGCCUGUCGAGAAGAGGAAGAAAUAGUUAUUAUUUUUUCAUUUAUGUUCAAUUUUUGGGUGACCUUGUAAGUGGUACAAUUUAUUAGUAACAAAGUUCAAAGUUUUUGGCCUUUA